ACUUUAAAGCUGUCAACACUAAAUUUUGCCGUAUUGUUACGUCAUAUUGUAUUGUCACUUUAAAUAUUAUUUUAAAUGGCCGGAGAGAUUUAAAAUUCGUUAAAGAUUUUCUACUGCAGUCUGUCUGCAUUCUUACGUUUUAGAUACGUACUCUGUUUACGCUAGGAUUUACGUUUAAAACAAUGAAAAUUAAUACAAAAUACAUUACAUUUUGUAAUAUUUUUCCAUUUUUAUGUGUAGAAGCAUGUUUUUAAACUCAGGAUUGAUUGGCACGAGGCACCUUUACAUCAGGAAUUAAAUGGCUUGAGCAAGACUAAUCAAAAUUUAUGUGAUUUUUGUUUUUUCCUGUUAAUUCUAUUAAAAAUGUCCACCGAAGAAGAUACAGAACUUAGAGAUUUAGUUAUUCAGACUCUUCAAAAUAAAGGAGUGAUAGGAAAAAUCAAAGCCGAACUUCGCGCGAGUGUAUUUUUAGCUCUAGAAGAACACGAAGGAGUUGGAGGAGGUCUGUCCAUGAAAAACAAAGAAUUACAAGACUUUUUGAGUACGGAUAAAGGAUGGACCAUUGCUUCUCUUGUUCGUGAAUUCUUACAAUUCUUUCAUUUGGACUUCACUUUAGCAGUUUUCGAUCCUGAAAUAUCUUCCACGAAAGAACUACUUCCUCGCCAGCAAUUACAUGAACAGCUUAAUCUAGACGAAAAUCAUAUUGGUGCCAUCCCGCUUUUAGCCGAAUUAAUACAGGCAGAAUUGAGUCCGCCCAAAGAAAGCCUAGAGUCCAUUUCCGAAGUAAAACAGUCUCCACCAGAAAAAGAAACUAUUGUUGAAGAGAAGAAAGAUGAAGCACCGGAAAGCUUACCCGAAGAAAGCAUAAAUGAAAUGCCACUGAAAAUAACCAAUGAAGACGAUGAUAACGAAGAUUAUUCUUUAAAAAGUGAUGACCCUUUUUAUGAUGAUAUUCUACCAAAAGAGAGAAAAUCAAAUUUGUUCGAUUUAAGCAAAGAGUUAGAUUUGCCAGUGUCCAAGCCAGAUCUUAAAUUGCAAAGUGAAAUGAGUAAAGUUGAUGUCAAAGAUUCUAAACCAUUCAGCGAAACAAAUCCGAAAAGGACAUUCAGUACGCUAUCGUCUCUUCAAGAUCUACCAUCGCUUUCAAAAAAAUCAGAAUUACACACGGAAGAAGAAUACGAAGACGAUUUCCAGUCUUCUUUGAGUGGUCACAGCGGAAAGUCCGGCCACCAUCCCGAAGGGGAGAUCAAAAUUGACAGUUCUGAACAUAGUUUAGAAGAGAUUGAAGAGGAUCUGUCGGCAGAUGACAUUUUGAAUAGCAGCAUCUCUUUUGGGGAAGAUGCAACGACAGAUCAAACAAUUUCUCAAGCGAGUGCAGCAGGAGGUUACGAUUACAUUGAGAGUAUCACAUGACAUAUCUCAAUCUGUGUGUAUAUAUUAUAUAUAUAUGUGAAUUUUUGUUUCAUCUCUCACACACACACAUACACACGGUGGCUUUUUCUAACACUGCUUUCUAAAACACCGAAUAUAAAUCUGUAAAAAAAUACUAAGAAAUGAUCAUAUCUUGUAAAACUUUUGCCAAAAUUUUUAAAAAAUCUGAUAUUUACAAAAAUUAAAAAUGUUUAUUCAAUCAA